AUGGCUCUAGGAUCAGGACUUUUGUGUCUCCUGCUUGUGCUCACAGGAGCUCAGGGCUUCGGGAUAUUACCGGGAAAGUCUCUGAGUCACCUUGAAAUCACAGAGCGGGCUAUUUUAAAUGUCACUGUGCAAGUGUGCCGGUUUCUGGCUGCAGCUGAGGGAGCAGACUUCUCUUUUCCUGUAGGGUUCCCCUUCCACAUUUUUUUUCCUAACCAUCUGUAAGUACAUUCAUUUUAGUACUUCAAUUAAUUUUUGACUCUAUGUAGGCCCAGCCUUACACUGCAGAUGGGGUUGCUGUUUCCUGCGGUGCACCAAAAUCCUCCAAGAACUUCCGCCAAGCGAUCACGUUUAUCACCUUGAGUAACGCGCGAGUGGAUCUCCGCCAUGCUCUUAAUGCCAGCUUCCACUUUGAUGAGGAGAUGUUUGUUCAAGGGAGGAAAAUCAUCACUGAGGGGAUAGAGGCCAUCAAAGCAAGCAACAAGCAAGAAAACUACGAGGCAGCCAGGCGGACACUGGGAGAGAUUUUUCAUCCUUUACAAGUAUUUAUGACUAUUGAAAAAAAGCAUUACCAAUGGUGUUUGACAGCUAGUUAAGAUAGUUUACUAAUCUUUGUCUUAUUUUCUCUUCUUGAAGGACUUUUACAGUCACAGUAACUGGGUAGAGCUGGGGAACGAAUUCCCAAACUCCAAUCUGCUCAGGUCAAAUGUCAGCAUUGGGAAUCUAGCAGGUAAAAAAAAAGAUUGUAUGAUGUGAUGACUGUUCCAGUUUGGAUGUGAAUGAAGAAAACAUCAUCUCUACGUAAAACUUCCCCAGAUGAAAGCAUGCCCACGUGUCGCAGCUGCGAUGGAGAUGACUGCAGCAACAAUAUCCUAGAGGAUGUGAUAAAAGGGAAGUUCCUGACCUCUGGAUACUUCAGUGUUGUGCUUUUCUCUGCAACCAAACCAAAAGGUGAUGAGUCAUUCAACGCUAACGAUGCCGUACUGUCAUUACACUGAUAAAGUUUCACUUUCACAGACAUAUUUUUACCUGUUUCUCCCAUAUGUGUCUGAUGAAAGCUGCUUAAAACCUUAUAAUUAUUUAGAGAUAGAAAACAAAUGGGCACAAUGUUAUGGUGAUAUUAAAGCAAUAUGUAUUAUAUGGGGGCCGAGAACCGCCACUGCUGCAAAUCAAAAAGAAUGCAAAAAAAAAAGAAGUCACAACAGAAGUUACUGAUGAAAAUAAAAGGAAACCAAACCUGCUGCAAAUAAAAAAAGAGGCGGUGCAGUUACAAAAAAAAAAAAAAGCCACAACGGAUGUUAAUGACAAAAAAAAAAGUGGUGAUAGAAAAGCUCCUGAGUCGAUUUGAAAUUGAACUGGAGGAUGCCAGUGUAGUGUUAGCCUCAGUUCAACUUCAUAUCGACUCAGGCGCUACAUGGUCUAACCAAAAGACACAUUGAAAAGAACACGAAGCAAAAUUAAACAACAACGUUUCUACUAAAUUUUUCGCUCUCCUUCUCGCCGUCGUCUUCUAUGCCUAGAUCGUAAAACACCGGUGCAUCAUCAUUAUUGGUCCCUGACAGCUCACUUCCGUUGUGGCUUUUUUUAUUUGCAUCCUUUUAUUUUUGCAGUCCGUAACUUUUUUUUUUUCUAUCACCACUUUUUAUUUUUUGCGUCGUUAACUUUCUUCAUGGCUUUUUUUUUUAUCUGCACCGUUUCCUUUUCUAUUUGCAGCAGUGGUGGUUCUUGGCCACCGUAAUAUUAGCCGCACAUAAUACAUAUACAUCAUUAAUCUUUUCGCCAUGCACUCUCUGUAAAAGGAAAAUGCAGCCAUGGAGGAGCAGUAGAUCAAACCAGCACCAUCGAUCCUAAAGGUGGAAUAAACAAGGACACUUUUGGUUCCAGUCAUGGACACCUUCACACUCAGGCAGCAAACAUGGCCAUCGCUGCAACCAGUGAGCUGCUGGAGGACAUCCGAGAGGCCGCUGGUGAUAGACCGUUCCUACAGUAAGAGACAUGUUCUGUAUUUGGAAGUUUCUGUUUCUGAAGGGGGGCAGAGGCUCUUUCAUCGAAACUCAUCUCUGUAUAUUUAAGGAUGUUGAGGCUGUCCAAAGGAUCCAGCAAAGCUCUUUGUUUUGUUAUUGACACGACAAAAAGCAUGAGCGAUGAAAUAGAAGCUGUGAGGACCGUCACCACUUUCAUUAUCAACAGUGAGGUGGGAACAGAAACUGAGCCUGCGUCUUAUAUUCUGGUACCUUUCAGUGAUCCAGGUAGGCGUUUCAUUCAGUUUACCUCAUUUUAUGUCUGUUUUACUGGUAAUGUUGAGCAUUUUAUUGUGGUAAAAAGCCCAAUGUCAGGGCCUGCUUAUAGAACCAGAAAUAAUGUUUUAAGUGGAAAUAAGUCAGCAGGUUUCCUUGUGUGACUCUGAUUCCUGUCUCUGAAUGAAAUCCAGAGGUUGGACCUCUGAUAAAGACUACAGACCCCAAAAUCCUUGAGGGUGUCCUCAUGUCAUUACCAGUCUCUGGCGGUGGAGAUGAUCAGGAACUGAGUCUCUCAGGACUUCAGGUGGGGUGAUGUUCAUUAAAUGAGUUUUACUCCAGUACAGCUUGUCCUGAUGUGCUGAGGGCUCAAACUCUUUGUUCUUUGGCUCCACCUUGUUCACGUUUAGCUGGCUUUAAAUGGGGCUCCUUCAAAUUCGGAGAUCUUCCUCUUCACGGAUGCUCCUGCUAAAGACAAACAACUGAGGAGCUCAGUGAUUGCACUCAUAGAGCGGACACAAUCUGUGGUGAGAUUCAGAUUUAUUGAUUUAAUUUGUGCUUUUAUGCUGCUAAGUGAUUGAUCCAUCAUUCUCCCUUUUUCCUGUCCAGGUCAACUUUAUGAUUUCUAGCUCAACAUCAACCAACAAAAGGAGGAGAAGGCGAGAUGACAGCCAGCAGCAACAAAACAGGAUAACAGCCUCAGAUGCUCAGCUGUACAGAGAACUGGCUCAGGCCUCUGGAGGUCAGAUUGUUGAAGUCACAAAAGAUGAACUCGUUACAGCCGCCACAAUCCUCUCAGACACUCUGAACUCUUCUCUGGUGAGAAAAUAAAGAUCUAACUGGUGUGAACAUGUCAGCUAAAAGACUUCAGCUGUUUCAUCUGUUGAACGACAUCUUCCAGGUGACACUUCUGCAGGCAGCAAGAAGCCCCGGAAAAGAAGAUGUUUUUUCUUUUCUGGUUGAUGAGUCGAUAACAAACCCGACUGUAUACAUAACUGGGCAGUCAGUCACUGUUACACUCACCAACCCCUCAGGUAACAGCACUGAUUUUAGCCUCAUCCUGAAUGGGCGCUACAGUAGAGGCAGCAUGUGUUUCUUUUAGCAAAUAAGAGAAUAAGUCAGGAGAUUUCUGCCUGCUGCUAUGAUAACAAUCUAUUCAAGUAUUUAAUCUCAUCUUCAAAACGAGGUAAUUUAUUUGUUUUUAAAGGUGAAUCUCAGCAAAGCACAGACACAACAGGAUCCCUGAUCACAUCAUCACAAUCAGUGGGAAACCUCCAGGCUCUGCGGCUGAAAAAGCUUGUCGGAUCAUGGAAUAUAAGAAUGGUGUCAGCGAAUCCCUACACUCUGAAGGUCAUAGGUGAGAUUACCAUUUAUCCAAAAAAAAGAAGACUUGUUUCAUCAAGUCACUCAGGCCACAUUAUUGACACAAAUUAAUAUCCCUCACUUUGGGACUAUAUGAUCAUCUUUGGUUUGAUCUUUGAAAGUGCAGUGUGUCACACGCAACCAUAGACUGUAUAUAGACUGGACGCCGUCUGCCUCCUCGCUGGGUGAAGCCACUCCGAGAACAGCACCCUCUGAUGAUGGGCUGCAGUAUAGGUUAUAAGUCCCGCCUCCGCCAGUCAUCCUUAUGGAGCUGUGAACAAAAUUUAGAAAUGUAUUACACAGGAUAUAAAAUUUUCUCCCCUCUGGUUGCAAUGUUAACAUGUAGUCACUGUAAAACUGGUUUGUGCUCAAGUCCUUUUUUUCUGUUAAGCUCCGUUUUUAAAAGUUAUCAGUGGGUUCAUGUUUUCUAUGAUUGACACUUGAUACAGCCUAUGGGCGUACGAAGAUUGCGUAGCUCACCCAAGGGAUACGCAGUCUGAGCCGAGCGUCAUCACAGCGACUCUCCCGCCGAAUGCGUACAAUGCUACUGCGCAAUGUUGGCUUCAGGAAGCGGAGAAAAAAACGCUGAAUUACCAAGAGUUUUUCGGCUUCAAAUCCAUAUACUGUCGGAAAAUGGAACUAAGCGAUCCAUAGUAUAUACAGUCUGUGCACGCAACACAUAAUCAAGGUGCAUCGUCGCGCCAAAAUUUUGCUUGAAUCGAGGCACUACAUAAAACAAUAUUUUAUGUAGUAAUAUAUUUUAAAACUAUAAAAUAGUUAUAAAACAAUAUUUUAUUUAGUAAUGUUACCAUUGUAAUCACUAUCAUUGUCAUCACAGCUGAGCAGUUUCGAAUAGAGGACUUUUAUAACUGUUUGCAGGAAUUUAGUUCUGAAAAGCUUUUUUCUCUUCAGGUCAGAGUGAUAUUGACUUCCUGUUUGACUUUGUGGAGGAAUCUCAGGGACCAUUUGAAGGAUACGAUGCUCUUGACAGCCGUCCGAGGGCAGGUAAAGAAAACUGAAAUUAUGUAUUAUGUUGAUGAUUUGCUGAUGUAUUUUAUUAAUGUCAAAUCAGAUUAUUUCUUAUUAUCUUACCAGGUGUCAAUGGCAGCUUGUUGGUGUCUUUAACCGGAAGUGACACCGCCACAGUGACAGAAGUGACCUUGGUGGAGUCGUGGGGAUCAGAGGAGAUUAAAGGAGUUGUGGAGCCACAGGGGAGCAGUCGCUUCUUGGUCCACGUAGACCGCAUCCCGUCAGUGGAGUUUGCUGUGCGGGUGAUGGGGAGAGAUGACAGUUUCAACUCGAGAGCUUCAAUAGUUUUCCAAAGGCAGUCGAGCACUCACUUCAGAUCCUCCAAUUUGACUAUCUCUGUGAGUAUCUGUGGUGAGCUAUUGUGGAGUCAGAGGAACAAAUAUUCAGAAAAUUGAAUCCAUAUAUUAAAGCUCUUUAUCACUCCAGAUUCUUACCUUAUAUCCUUUAUUUUUAGGGUGACGCUGACAGCAUCUUUGUACCACUUGGACCAUUCUCUGUGACUUUCUCUGUGACGGCCCUUGGACAAGGGGGAAACUUUACAAUCCGAGCAACCAACAACCAAGGUUUUUCAUCAACUUUUCCAACCAGCUUACAACUGGAAACUGGAAAAAUGGCAAAUGGUACAGUGACCCUCUUGGCACCCCGUAAUACACCAUCUGGCACUGAUGUCAGGUUGACCAUCGAGGCUGAGGCUUCCGACGGCGAGGAUUCAAACUACAUAGUGCUGCGAUCCACAGUUAUCAACACGGUAAUAGUCUCACUGAAGAACCACAUUGAUUUGUACAAUUCUUUGCCAAGUCGUAGUCCUGGUCAAUAGAAGACAUCAGAAUUGUUUUUGCAAUGAAAAUAAGGCACCUGGAUAAUCCAGGCUUUAAACGGAUAUUCUGGAGUAAAAUUAAUUUAGGGUCAAACACACUGUAACACCGAGUUAAACACCCCCUCGAGAGAUGAAUGUUGCUGACCGCUUGCUUCUCAAGUUAUACCAACUUUAGUAACGACUGCAGGAUAGCAGUACACAGCUGUCUGAUGAGCCAUAAACAAACCUCAACCAAACGCAACUCUGUAACCACAAAUACUGCUCAGAACAGCACCUAACUUCAUCAACAGUACAUAAAGGGUCCCAGCCAUAGUACUAGCCACCAAACAUUUUUUUAGCUUUGCCUGAUUUCUUUAGCAAAGAGACUAAACACAACUCACCUACUCUCCUUCAGCAGCCGCUUGUUUGUAGGAAGACCUCCAGGCGAGUCCAAUAUGGACUACAGUGGAGUGACGCAGCUCAAGGAAGAACAUUUAUGAUCAUUUCUUUAUCAUUUCCUUGAAGUAAUAAUCACCAUAUUUAUCAUUUUACACUGCAGACGCGGUAGUUCUUCUGCCUUAGUGUCUCGAUCUGAUUGCAUAUCCCUGAAGAAAUGAUCAUAAAUGUUCUUCCUUGAGCUGCGUCACCCCACUGCAGUCCAUAAUGGACUCGCCCAGAGAUCUCCCUACAAACAAGUGGCUGCUGGAAGAAAAUAGGUGAGUUGUGUUUAGUCUCUUUGCUAAAGAUAUCAGGCAAACUAAAAAGAUGUUUGGUGGUCUAGUGCUGUGGCUGGGACCCUAUAUGUACUGUUGAUGAAGUUAGGUGCUGUUCUGAGCAUUAUUUGUGGCUAUAAAGUGGCGUUUUGGUUGAGGUUUGUUUAUGGCUCCUCAGACCGCUGUGUAUUGCUAUCCUGCAGUCGUUACUAAAGUUGAUAUAACUAGAGAAGCAAGCGGUCGGCAACAUUCAUCUCUGGAGGGGGUGUCUAACUCUGUGUUACGGUGUGUUUGACCCUAAAUUAAUUUUACACCAGAAUAUCCCUUUAACUUCACGUUUGUUUUUUGACUUAGUGAUUGAUGUAAAACCAUCUGUCUGCAUCCACUUUAUCUCCCUCAUAGAUAGCAGAUUUUAUCGAGCCAGAGUGUCAGCUGCUCAGCUUUCAGUCCAACUGCUCUGGCUUAGCAAACUGCAGCGACUCAUCGUGGACGGUCUUUCUGCGGGUGACUGAUGGAGCUGAGGGGACAGGUGUUAACCAUGUACGGCUCAUCCAGGGAAAUGGGACCAUAAUCACCAACCCUGCUGCUGACAACGCCAAUGUAACAAUGGUCUUCUAUAGCUCAUCCUGCUGCUCACCUGAUAUGGAACUGCUGGUGGCCGAUAACAUCGGUAAUGUAGGCAGCUGUUUCUACUCCUCCAAAAUGAAUGCACCAGCUGCUUUUUCUGAGUCCACUAGAGUCACACAAAUGUCGCUUUUCUCCUUAUGUAUUUUGAUAUUUGGGCUCCAAGUCUUAACAGAACUAAGAGUCUGUUGA